ACCUGCUCUAAUAGUCUGUGUUCUUUAACACAAUUAUGUUGGUAGUUGUUUGAAAUCUCAAUUUAGAAAUUUAAUUGAAAACUAAAAAUACAUUCUAUUAAACUUUAGACUGAGUAAUGUAGUUUAAACAAAUAGUUACGUGUUCUCAAUUUAUUGGUCAUUUGAAGAAAUAAAUGUAUCAAUUUGUGUAAAUUUUUAUUAUUUGUCCUAGUGUAUUAUGGAGAUUCCGUACAGAAAAAUAUUUAUAUACGUUUUAACGUUUGUUGCUUAUGCUUAUACUGGAGUAGGCUCAAAUAUGUUACGAAAUUUAAAAGAUGCAGUAUUAUCUGCGGAAUCUGUAUUUGGUAAUAUGCUCGAAAAUGUAAUAACUGUGGCAGAAAAGUUCCGGUCAUUACAUGAGGUAUUUGACGCGGCUGUGGAAGAAGAUUGCAUAUAUUCUUGUGCUGAAGGUGGGAAACCAGUGCGUAACAAGAACCAUUUACCUAAAUCUGAUGGAUGUGGUUCCUUAGGCUUUGAAAUAUCAACAGAAUAUUUACCACUAGAACUGAUGACCAAAUGUUGUGAUGCCCAUGAUAUUUGUUAUGACACUUGUAAUAGUGGCAAAGAAGUAUGUGACUUAGAGUUCAAGAGGUGUCUAUAUAAUUAUUGUGACACAUAUAAAUCUGUUAAUAUAGCAGGCGAUACAUUAUCAAAAGGUUGUAAAGGAGCUGCUAAACUAUUAUUUACGGGAACAUUAACACUUGGCUGCAAGUCAUAUUUGGAUGCACAAAAGAAUGCUUGCUACUGUCCACCAUCAGGAAAAAAGUAUAGAAAAUACCCAGGAAAUGGUGAAUUAUAGAAAUUACUAUUUUUUUAGAAAUUGUACCAACUACUAAUACUAAAUAUAAUUACUAUUAGUAGUUGGUACAAAUUACCUUUGCAGAAGAAAGUGAGGCACCAUGAAAAUUUUAUAAAGGUUUCUUAGCUUUAAUCAUUUUCAAUUUCAUUUUGUUUGGUGUUGCAGAUGAUCACUGAUUAAUUACAUGUUAUUUUUUCAACAAGUCCUUUUAUGCUAUGAAAUUGGUGAUGAUUUUCUUUAUAGAGUUAAGAAUUGUGAUAUUAAUAACAUAGUCAUUAUAUAAGUAUAAACCAAUAUAUUUUAAAUUAUUUUGUCUUUCUAUUGUGAUGAAAAACUAAUUGUAAUUUGAAAAAUGAAUUUAUUAUCCUGUUAAUGUUUCUAUAGUUAUAUUAUUUGUAUGAGUUGUGUUUACAUUUUGCACUUUUAUUUUUUUUAUUGUUAAGUAUGUUAUUAUGCAAGAGAAUGGGUAUUUAUUACUAAAUAUGUUGGAUCAAAGCUAUUAUAUUAAAAAUAUGUCAGUGUCAAAAAUACAUUAUAAACAAUCAAUUUUAG